UGUUUCCGCAUGCGCUGCCCGUCACUAGGGUAGCUCAAUAUCUUCUCGGUUACGCCGCAGUGUCCGGUCGUCGUCCUUGGGCUGUGAUCUUCAUGUCUUCAGAAGAGUUUAAAGCUCUGUCACAAGAUGAGCUCCGGAAGAAACUGUAUCAGACAUUUAAGAAUCGAGGUGUCUUGGACACACUCAAGACUCAGCUUCGAAACCAACUCAUACAUGAGCUGAGGAAUCCAGUUUUAAGUGGAGAAGUUCAGCCACAAGCUGUUUAUAGUGAAUGCAGUUCACUGGUAAUUGGUGCUUCAAACAGUCUGGUUGCAGAUCACCUGCGCAGAUGUGGCUAUGAAUACUCACUGUCAGUCUUCUAUCCAGAAAGUGGGUUGGAAAAGGAUAAGGAGCUUACAGUUAAAGAUCUGCUACAGCUGAUCAGGAUCAAUCCAAGGACUGACCUUUAUAAAACACUGAUUACUGCUUCAGAAAAGGAUAAUGCUAAAGGCUUUCUUGUACAGGUCUUAACAGAGCUGGUAGAACACAGCCUCUCUAAGGAAAACUGUAGUACAGAAACUCAAACAAUUCCUAUGGCUGGUCAAGAAUCCCUGGCUGAAAAGCUUCAACUGAUUGAUGAGCAGUUUGCUGAUAUGUAUUCUCAGCGCCAUCUGUCUGAACCUUUUCAAGUAAAACUUGCUGAAUACAGAAAAGAAAUGGAGCAGCAGAUCCAAGAAGAAAUGUCUCAGAAGUUGCAGCACUUCAGAGAGGUUGAAGUAGCCAAAAUUAAAAUGGAUGAGAAAGCAAGGUCUCAGAAAGAAAUCUCAGAGCUUCGCAGAGAGUUGGAAAAAGCUCACCAAGCCAAGUCAGAGGCAUUAACUUCGCGGGAAAGAAAUGCCAUUCAGCGAUUACAGAAACAGCAAGAGAUUGAUGCAAGAGAAAUUUAUCUACAAAGACAAAGCCUGUUGAAAGAUAUUGAAACAAUAAGAACUCGAGAGGCAGAGUUGAAGCAGAGAAUAGAAGCCUUUGAACUAGCUCAAAAGCUUCAAGAAUCAAAAAAUAAAGUGGUUGAAGAUGCGCUUCACCGUCGUGAGGUAGCUGUGAAGAAUAUUGAAGAUACUUAUGAUCAGAAGCUAAAGAAUGAACUCCUAAAGUAUCAGCUUGAACUAAAGGAAGAAUACAUAGCUAGAACUAAGAACAUUGCUGAAGAUGAGAGAAAAUAUAAAGAGAAGUCUAAGCUUUUGCAUGAGGAGACGAUUUCUCUUAAUUCAAAAAAGCAAGAGUUUGAGCAGGCUAUAUCACGUGCCAAAGUCCUUCAGGUGGAAGUAGAUACUGUCAGGGCCGAAGUUUUAUUAUUAAGCAAGCAGAAUCAGUUGUUGAUGGAAAAACUGAAAGAAGUCUCAGAUUAUUCAACACUAAAAGAGGAGAAAAUGGAGUUACAGGUGCAGAAUAAGCUACUUAAACAACAGUUGGAGGAUGUGCAAAAUGAAAACCUACAGCUCAGAGAAAAGCUAAAUCGGCCAUCGUCUGAAUAUGUGAUCCUUCAAGCAGAGUUGAAAAGAGCAGAAGACGCUAGAAAGCUUGAACGUGAGGAGUCCGAAACUCAUAAGCAGCUCUUGGAAAAACAGCUACAAAACGAGGUUGAUCAUACUGUACAGCUGAAGUCUCAACUUGCAAAAUCUGAAAAUAUUAUCAGAAAGCUAAAUGCACAGAUGGAAGACCUGAAGUUACAACUGAAGCAAACACAGACAGCACUAGAAAAUGAAGUAUAUCGGAAUCCUAAACCCUCCUUGGUUGAUCGUUCUGUUCUUGACAUGAUUGGUAACAAGGCUGUACCUCAUGAUAUAUAUAUAGACGGGGCUUUCUUGAAGACUCCUCCUAUGACUGAUGCUAUUGCAGUUGGAAAUGCUACAGGUCCUAGCCACCAUCCAAGAUCCUAUGCUUCACCAGAUUCUGAUUUAGAAUUUGUAGCUAACACAAAGGCUAGGAUACGUGAAUUAGAGAAAGAAGCAGAAUAUUUAGAAGAAGCCUACAGGAAUUACCAGCACAGAGCUAUUCAAAGCACCGUUGGCCCAUCAAAGAUCCCAUCUUCAUCAAAUUUACCAAAUACUUUUUCAGUGGCUUCUCAUCAGCAAUGUUGUUUUGCACAUAAUGAUGUGGGCUUCAAGGAAUUUCCCAUUCAAUGUCAAAAAACUAAAAGCUAUGAUUGGACACCAGAAAAUGGGCAUUGCUUAAAAGGCCCUUUAACACCACCACUGAAAAGAACGGCUGUUGCUAGGCGUCUGUCUUCUACUCCCGUUUCCAAAGCAAAGAGAAACAUCAAUAGCAAGCUGUUUUCUGAUGAUCCCACUGGCUCAUCUCUUGCUGCUCCCUCUCAGGAUGUUGACCAGCCUCUGUCACCCAUUCCAAGAACAGAUGACCAUUCAUCUCCUGAAUCCCCUUCUAACAUAUCAGUUUCCUCUUCACCACCUCCCUGUGAAAAUAAAUUCAGUAUUAAUCAAGAGUCAGGUAAAAAUCCAAAUCAGAACGUUAGUGACUCUGCAAUUCCUGAAGAACUUCUGUAUGAAGAUCUUGGAAAUGGUGACUCUGCCAGUGAAUAUCAAAAGGACAUUCCAGAACUGCUGAAAAGUGAUGUGUCACAUCCCUCUGGGGAUGAUGUUCGUGGGAGCCAUGUCCCGGCCAUUGUGCCAGCAACAGUCAUUUCACAGCAGGACAGAAGUAAGGAAGAGACAACAACCUUGGAGGAACAAAGUCAUCCUGAAGAGCAGCAAGAAGAGAAGAAACAAAAGUGGGAAGAAGAAAAAAGGAACCUUGAAGAAAGGUGGCCGAGAGAGAAGCCAGAAGCGUUGGAAACGGAGGAAGGAGGGAGGCAAUUGAAUGAGGAAGUGUAUGUUCAGGAGUCAUUGCAGACCAAUGAGGAAGACCCAAAUGGUGAAGGAACCAGUUUAAAAACAAAUGUACUGAAGGCUAAAGAGCAUGAUGGUAGUGGUACCCCUAAUCCACUGGAGAAAUACAUGAAAAUAAUACAGCAGAAUCGAGAGCAGGAACUUGAGAUCAAGAACUCCAUGAAAGAAGAAGUGUCUGAGGGACACCUAGAUGUUGAAAGGGAGGACAGCUUUAGUGCUGCAGGCACUCUUCAUGAAGAGCCUGAUGAAGACUUCUGGUGAAUAUGCUACAUGGUCAGAAAAAUGGAUCUAACACUGGGGAAAAUCCAUUGUGUAGAAAGAAGGGGCUGGUUCUGUGGAAUGCUUAAAUAUUUCUGUAUACAGUUAUGAAGAAAAAAUAUUUGUCUGCAUCAUCAGUUGUUGGCAUAAGUGUUGAAGUACUGUAAUGUUGUGCAAGCAGCGUUAGCCAUACCUAUGCAACAGCAGCUAAAUUCAGUUGUUCACGUUAAGCAAUCAGAUUUGAGAUUGCUGUUUAUCUUUUAAAAAUAUGUGAACACAUCUUAAUGAACAAAUAGGCUCUAGUGAGCUAUUAGUAGUUUCUCACUCCACUUUAAAGACAGAACAAAUUAUGCUGUUCCAGCACUUAAUGUUGCAGGUGUUAGAGAUGGUUAAAUAACUACUGUAGCUCAAAGCUCCAGUAUGACAAUCAUUUUCUGAACUGUGCUUAUUUGUGGAAAAAACCUUCUGAUUAUUUGUACCUACAAAUAAGAAUAUUUUCUGUAGAAAUACUUUCGUUUCAUUUUUUCUUCCUUCAUACAGGCAAAUUCGUUUUUUAAAUUAAGCCAUUGUUCAUAAUAAUGUCAUGCUAUUAAAUAUUUUGAUACUAUUUAAAUGGAGAAAUCACACUGAUCUUUCUUCUUGAAGCAGUUUGCAAGAGAGUAUGUCUAACCUUGGAAAUAUCUGACAGUAAAUAAUUGUGCCUUUCAAUAAAUGGAAAACUAGAAGACAACUUCCCACACUUCAGUAUUUCUCCAAGUUUUUAAUUGUUUCUCUUGUUUAUGAAGCAGCAAAGAGCAGCCUGGUGCUAAUACUGAAUUAAAAAUAAAUGAAUCAUAUUACUCAUUUGUUCUAGAAGGGAGAUGUGUUAGGGAAAUAAAAAGAAUUGAAACUUCCUAAAAGAUGAUACUCGGAGGUAGUUUACCUAUCAUGUAUAAAACAGAUAACUUGUGUGAUAUAAUGUUAAGUUAUGGUAUGCCAUGUUAGUCAUCCCAAUGGCAACAAUUUGGGGCAGUUAAAGACUCACCCCCCCAUACUGCAGCCCCCAUGAGUUCCCAGUAAUGGAAGGGAUUAUACGGGAGCCAAAGGUACCUCAGGGCAGAAAUAGGAAAUGCUUAAUUUCUGAAAAAUUGUCUUGGGUGCUGUUGGUGGUGUCACAUCUUAUGUGGUGUAAUUUACACAAACUGGAUUUGAGCCAGAAGGUCUUAUAAAACACAAUUUUAUUCUGUAGCAAACAGGGUUCUGUCACAAAACAAGUUGUUGAUAACAGGACCUUGCAAAUGGGCAGCUAAGGACCUGUGAUAUUCACUAACCUUGAAUUUAUCCCCUCCUUUUGUGCAAGGGAGGGAAAACCAUUUAGAUUUUCUAUAGACUGUCACCAUUUUGGAAUUUCUUUCGAUAGAAACCUGGUCUGUUACAAAGCAUGACAGCUUGACAAUAGCAUAUAAGCCUGUUGUUUGUUCUUCUCAUAGUAGAAAAUGUUACAGUUAAAGAGAUUUUGGGAGAUCCACACACACAUUUAGAUGUCAGACAGAGUCUGGACUGCCCAUGUGCUGGAGACAGAAGUAUCACACAUGGUAAUCCAAUGUAUAUAUUUGUGUCCAGACAUACUGUAGAUGCAAGAAAGACUAUAUCCCUAUUUAUACUGAUUCUCACACUUUACCAAAGCUUCUAUUUGUCAACCAAUCACAAGAAGGAAUAUACAUUUGUAAUUGUUUCUCUGAAAAGAUUCUCAAAAUAAACAUACACAGAUAUUGGUACUAUUAUCUACAAAUAUUUAUUGUAACACUCGGAUAUAACUACAGGAAGCCCUUGGCACUGAUAGAAAAUAUUGAUUCACGGUUAGGUUACAAAAAUUUAUACAUAGCAAAAUUGAAUGCUCUUUACAUAAAAAAUAUUAGACUACUUAAACAAAACUUCAAAAAACUCCCAGUAAUAGCUACAGAGAAUUAGAAAAGAAUUAGGCUUUAAGACACUGUCUGUUACCUUUAUGCAAACACUGGACUAGAAAGAACAUCACCUGCAUUGCUGUAGAAAUUUGUUUCCUUCAUGCAACAGGUAAAAACAAACACUAAGCUAUUUUUAUCUGCUCUAUAUAGAUUUUGCCUCUUUAAAAAGAAAACGUCAAAUUAGGCAAGUAACAAACUUGAAUGCAAGGUAAUACCUGAAUUAUUUUCCACAUUAAUAUUAUUUUCUUUUAACCUCUUAAAAGAAAUGCGUACUUUUAUCUCUAUACACAUCUGCAUGGUAUAAAGGAGCAUCUUAAUAUUCAGCAAACAUUCAAAACAUGGAUGUAUGACUUGACUCUUUACUGAUUUAAAACUCACUGAUGUACUUUAUUUUCUCCAACAUUUAUAUUUUUUAAAAAAAUAG